AUGGCUUCAUAUACAGUGUCGUCAACUAAGUCGUACAUGCAGGCUAUGCAGCCGAUGAUAGAAACACUUGCAAAGCUAAAUGUUCACACACCAGCCAAGGUUCCUCAGAUUGAUCAAGAGACAACCAAAUAUACCCCCAUUGGCAAGCUUCUUGACAAGUUUGAAGACGUGAAUACUUCAAUUCUUGAUUCUGUUGUUAAAGCAGAAUCUAGUCGGUCCCAGCAGCAGCAAGUAAGUCAACUACUCAAGGUGAUUGAGCUGGAAUGCGAACGUAUAAGUAAAGAGCGUGGAUUACCUGCAGAUGAAACGUUUUCCAUAAUCAAGAACUUGAUAGCUGAUUCUCCCAGUGACGAGCAUCUCCAAUCUGCAUUGUUUGAUAUUUUAGGAUUUGAAGAAUUCAAGUUGAUUUCUAAAGUUGUACAGAAUAAACAAGUGUUUAACACCGCCGACCAAAAUGCAGCAGCAGGUUUACUUACUGCAGAAGAAAGAGUCCAAUUGUUGCUUGAUAACCAGCAACGAACCAAGAAUCAGAAAUUAGCACCUAAGCUGACUGUUCAGAGAUACCCCAACGUGUUUAAGAACCCCGAUGUCGGAAAUAUGGUGGCAAUUACAGGAAAAAAAUUUGCUCUACCACAAGGAACAACCAGAGACUCAUAUGCUACACAUGAAGAAUUGACCAUACCCUACCCUGAACCUAAAGCCAACAAGUGGAUCAGUGAUGACAAACUAGUCAAGAUUUCCCAAUUGGACUUUCUCUGUCAGGGAACAUUCAAAAACUACAAGAAUUUAAACAAGAUGCAAAGUUUGGUAUACCCGGUAGCAUACAACACCAACGAAAACAUGCUUGUUUGUGCACCUACCGGUGCCGGUAAGACUGAUGUGGCAUUGUUGACUAUUUUGCAUACUAUAAAUCAAUACGUUACCGAGACAGUUGGUGAGGACAAUGACGUGACUAUAGAUAUAGAUUAUGACGAAUUCAAAAUCGUGUAUGUAGCACCAUUGAAAGCUCUUGCUGCUGAAAUCGUGGAAAAGUAUUCCAAGAAGUUGCAAUGGUUGGGUAUUUCAGUACGUGAACUCACGGGUGAUAUGCAGCUCACCCAUGCGGAAAUCAUGAGUACGCAAAUCAUAGUCACGACUCCAGAAAAAUGGGAUGUGGUUACCCGUAAGCUGAAUGGUGAUUCUGAACUUGUUGCUAAAGUGAAACUAUUAAUCAUUGAUGAAGUGCAUUUGUUACAUGAAGAUCGUGGGUCUGUUAUUGAAACAUUAGUUGCUAGAACUUUGAGGCAGGUGGAAGCUACCCAGCUGAUGAUUCGAGUUGUUGGGUUGAGUGCUACCUUGCCUAAUUUCAUGGAUGUGGCCGAUUUUCUUGGUGUUAAUAGAAAUGUCGGUAUGUUUUACUUUGACCAGUCAUUCAGACCAGUUCCUUUGAAACAGCAGAUAUUGGGAGUCAGAGGUAAAUCGGGCUCUAAAAUGGCUCGUGAGAAUAUAGAUAAAGUAAGUUAUGAGAAGUUGGCCGAUUACAUCCAUCAAGGCGUCCAAGUUAUGGUGUUUGUCCAUUCGAGAAAGGAUACUGUAAAGACAGCACGUACAUUUAUAUCAAUGGCUCAAGAUCAUAAUGAACUAGGAAUGUUUGAUUGUACUGAAUCUGACUUUUACGAAAAGUACAAGCGUGAAGUAAGUGGCAAGAAUAGAAGUAAAGAAUUGAAGGAGCUUUUCCAAUCAGGAUUUGGUGUUCAUCAUGCCGGUAUGUUACGUAGUGAUAGAAAUCUUACUGAAAAGAUGUUUGAAGCUGGAGCUAUUAAGGUGUUGUGCUGUACUGCUACGCUAGCAUGGGGUGUCAACUUACCAGCUGCCGUCGUUAUUGUUAAAGGGACACAGGUCUAUGAUUCCAAAGCCGGUGGUUUUACCGAUUUGGGUAUUUCCGAUGUGAUUCAAAUCUUUGGUAGAGCAGGUAGACCCCAGUAUGAAAAGUUUGGUACCGGUAUUUUGUGUACCACCAGUGACAAGCUUGACCACUAUGUCAGUUUGCUUACCCAACAGCAUCCAAUUGAAUCGAAAUUGCAGGCGAAAUUGAUUGACAAUCUAAAUGCCGAGAUUUCGUUGGGGACAGUCACGAAUAUUGAUGAGGGAGUUCAAUGGUUGGGAUACACUUAUAUGUUGGUACGUAUGAAGCAGAAUCCAUUUGCUUACGGUAUAGAUUGGCGUGAAUUGCAAGAAGAUCCAUUGUUAUAUAACCGUCGCCGAGAGAUGAUUAUUAGUUCAGCUAAACGACUUCAUCAUUUACAAAUGAUUGUGUUUGAUGAGAACUCAGGGGCAUUCACCGUGAAAGAUUUAGGAAGAAUUGCAAGUGAUUUCUAUUUGUUGAAUAACUCUGUAGAGAUAUUCAACCAGAUGAUCAAUCCUUUGGCUACUGAAGCUGAUGUGUUGUCUAUGAUUAGUAUGAGUAGUGAAUUUGAUAGUAUUAAGUUUAGGGAAGAAGAAGCUACUGAAUUAAAGGGAUUGCUUGAAGAUAGCACCCCGUGUCAAAUUGCCGGGGAUGUUGAUUCACCUCAGGGGAAAACCAAUAUUUUGUUACAAGCAUUUGUGUCCCAGGCAAACAUUAGAGAAUCGGCGUUGAUUUCCGAUGCUAAUUAUGUUGCCCAGAAUUCAGCAAGAAUAUGUCGUGCCUUGUUCUUAAUUGCCAUGAAUAGAAGAUGGGGAAGAUUUAUGAAGAUUAUGCUUUCAUUGUGCAAGUCUAUUGAUAAGAGAAUCUGGGCGUUUGAACAUCCGAUGUCACAGUUUGAAUUGCCAGAACCAGUCUUGAGAAAUAUCAGAGCAAAGAAUCCAACCAUGGAUACUCUUCGUGAUAUGGAACCAGCAGAAUUGGGUGAUUUGGUGCAUAACCAUAAAAUGGGAUCUGUUCUUUACAAAUUAGUUGGUAAGUUUCCCUAUAUUGAGAUUGACUCUGAGAUCUUCCCAAUCACGAGUAAUGUAAUGAGAGUUCAUGUUAAUCUCGAGCCUGAUUUCAUGUGGGAUGAAAGAUAUCACGGUAAUGCCCAAAUAUUCUGGCUUACAGUGGAAGAAUCUGACCGAAGUGAUAUCCUCCAUGUGGAAAAGUUUAUUCUAAACAGAAGGCAAUUGCACAGUCCUCAUGAAAUGGACUUUAUGAUCCCAUUAUCAGACCCGCUCCCACCACAAGUGAUUAUCCGAGUUGUUUCUGAUCUCUGGAUUGGUUCUGAAUCGGUUCAUGCUGUGUCAUUCCAACACUUGAUCAGACCAAGUAACGAGACUAUUAAAACAGAUUUAUUAAGACUUCAACCAUUGCCUGUGACUGCGUUACACAAUCCAGACAUUGAAAAGAUUUACAGCCAUAAAUUCAAGUAUUUCAAUCCUAUGCAAACCAUGGUGUUCCAUUCAUUGUACAACACCAAUUCCAGUGUAUUUGUUGGUUCCCCUACUGGGUCAGGUAAGACUGUUGUGGCCGAGCUUGCUAUCUGGCAUGCAUUUAACGAAUUCCCCGAAUCAAAGGUGGUUUAUAUCGCACCUAUGAAGGCGUUGGUCCGUGAAAGAGUUGAUGAUUGGCGUGAAAGAAUUGUCAAGAACACCCUGCACAAACUAGUUGAAUUAACAGGUGAUUCUCUUCCUGGAGUUGCUGAAGUCAAAGAAGCAGAUAUUAUCAUUACUACCCCGGAAAAGUUUGAUGGUAUUUCCCGUAAUUGGCAGACAAGAAAGUUUGUCCAAAAAGUCUCUCUUGUUAUCAUGGAUGAAAUUCAUUUAUUGGCCAGUGACAGAGGGCCCAUUUUGGAAAUGAUUGUAAGUAGAAUGAACUAUAUUUCAUCGCAAACCAAACAACCUAUUCGAUUAUUAGGUAUGUCUACUGCUGUCAGCAAUGCUUUUGAUAUGGCUGGGUGGUUAGGUGUUCGUGAAGGAUUGUUCAAUUUCCCGUCUUCAGUUAGACCUGUGCCUUUACAGAUGUACAUUGAUGGAUUCCCUGACAAUCUUGCCUUUUGUCCGUUAAUGAAGACAAUGAAUAAACCUGCAUUUAUGGCUAUCAAGCAACACUCACCAGAUAAACCAGUGUUGAUUUUCGUGGCAUCCCGUAGACAAACUAGACUUACUGCGUUAGACCUAAUUCAUUUGUGUGGUAUGGAACUGAAUCCACGUCGAUUCCUCAAGAUGUCCGAUUAUGAACUAGCGGAUGUAUUAGAACAAGUCAAGGAUGAUACGCUCAAGAUUUCCUUGCAAUUCGGUAUGGGGUUGCAUCACGCUGGUUUGGUUGAGCUGGACCGUCAACUUUCCCAUAAGCUUUUUGAAGCGGGAAAGAUUCAAAUAUUGAUUGCUACUUCGACCUUGGCAUGGGGUGUCAACUUGCCGGCCCAUUUGGUCAUCAUUAAAGGUACCCAGUUCUUUGAUGCCAAGAUUGAAGGAUAUCGUGAUAUGGACUUGACUGAUAUUUUGCAAAUGAUGGGGAGAGCAGGUAGACCAGCAUUUGACACUAGUGGGAUUGCCAUUGUGUACACCAAAGAACUGAAGAAGGUGUUUUACAAGCAUUUCUUGAAUCUUGGAUUUCCGGUGGAGAGUUCGUUGCAUAAAGUGUUGGAUGAUCAUAUUGGUGCCGAGAUCAGUGCCGGUACGAUUGGAACGAGACAAGAGGCUAUGGAUUUCUUGAGUUGGACGUUCUUGUAUAGAAGAGCUCAUAACAAUCCAACUUAUUACGGUAUUGAAGAUGUCAGCCAAUAUGGAGUUUCUCAAUACUUGGCAAAGUUGGUUGAUACCACAAUUGAGAAUUUAGUUGAGUCAAAAUGUGUUCGUACCGUGGGUAACGAACUUCAAUCAACUCCGUUCUUGGAUAUAUCUUCGUACUACUAUCUUUCCCAUAUGACCAUGCGUAACUUUACCAGUAAGGUUACCAGAGAGUUCCAAUUCAGACAAUGUCUUCAAUUGCUCAGUGAAGCUGCUGAAUAUAACGAGUUGGCUACGCGUCAUGGUGAAGAACUAAUCAACAUGGAAAUGUCGCAGGCGAUGAGAUAUCCGGCUGAAGAUUUAGACAAGGAGUUUAUCUGGGAUCCUCAUGUCAAGGCGUAUCUCCUUCUCCAAGCAUUUAUGAGCAGGGUCGAGUUACCAAUUGCCGAUUAUUCCCAGGAUACGAUUUCUGUGUUGGAUCAAGCGUUACGUAUUUUGCAAGCCUAUAUUGAUGCUGCAGCCGAGAUGGGAUAUUUACUGGUGGUGUUGCUGUUUGUGGAAGUCAUGAAGUGUAUCAAACAAAGAUGCUGGUAUGAUGACGACCCAGUUUCUACAUUGCCUGGUUUGACGUUGAUGCCUAAGAAUGAGAAGCACAAGGUUGAUUUAAAGGCGAUUGGUGAAAUGGGGAUGGGAAAAUUGUACAAGUUUGCCGAGAGGAUAGGUGUGAAUGGCGACAAUAUCAUAGCUGAUGUUCCCGUUACUGAUGAAGAAGCAGUUAAGCAAUUUGUAAGAAUUGGGUCGAGAUUACCUACUGGUAAACUUGAAGUUGCACAAGACUCGAAGGAACAGUUGACCGUGGCUUUGACUCACGAUAACUUCCCAUUAAAUCUGGAGUUUAAAGUGUACUGUCCUCAUUUCCCUAAGCCACAACGUGAGUCUUGGUUUGUUAUUGUUGCUGAUGAACAACUGGACGAGUUGUUGUUAUUGAAGAGAGCAUCGCCUAGACUAGUAGGAAAGAAAGGAGUGGUCAAGUGUCUGUUGGAUAUCGAUGAAGACUUGUAUGGCGAAGAAGUAACGGUCAUGUUGGUUAAUGACGCGUUAGAUAUUACCUACACUGAGAAAGUCAACUUAAAGUGA